CUUCCCGGUGCCUCGUCUGCAGCCAGUCACACUUUAGUGCUCUAGCCGUGCGCGUACGCAUCUUUCAAGAUGCAGUGUUUCAUCUGCGUGACAUACAUGUUUCUCAUGUGCGGCGCCCGUUUGGGCGCCCACCCUGGCGCUCACCCAAGCGAUCACCACAGCGCUACUCGAGAAAACCCCACACAGACAGCGCAACGCUCCCUUUUCCAUGACGUAAUCGAGUCUUUGCGCAUUCGCUCUCAAUUACCCGACGACAAUAACGAAAAUAAUUUAUCCCAAAACUAUGAAAGAUACGGUUAUGAGAACGAGCCUCAACUACCAAGCGAUGCUGACUUUAUCCCUAGAAGAAAUGACCGAAUAGAAAUGCCAACAUUGAAGUACCGUUUUCCGAAAAGUCUUUCAAACGAUACUGAGGACGCUGAGUCAUCUAAAGAGGAAAUCGUAGUUUUUAUUGCUACAACAGUUGAACCAAAAACAACAACGGAGAAGCCUAAGAAACAAAAACGUCCGCGACCACCAGUUAAUAAGAAACCAAAUAAAAAAGAUGAAGACGAUCAAGUUUUGCCAGAAUUCUAUCCCAGUACAAAUACUAUGGCCGGACAAAGUCAAAUAGGGAACAGAGAAUCGCAAUUAGUUGUCAAACCCACUGUGAUCGUAAAUUUACGCGGUACAGUUACACAUAGAGAAAGUGACAUCAGAAUUGAAGGAAGAACUCAAAAUGAUACUCAGACAGCUUCUGAAAUACCUUAUAACAUUUUUAAUAUCAAUCAGAGAAUUCUACUUGAGAGGACUUUUGGUACCAUGGGAAACAGUGUAUUGAAGAAAGCUGAUGAUGAAAGGGUAAAAGAAGGCAACAGCUGCGAUUCUAAAGAGGCAUCCAAUGAGAAUAGAAAAGAAAAAAAAAUUGAGAAUAUUAUGGAAGUUUGGUUGGAUCUCCCUAAUAUUAAUUUGCGAGAAUAAUAUUAAGUUUAAAUAAUUAAUUUCGAGACUGAUUACUUUUAAUUUAAACACAAG